AGCUAGGAUGCGCUAGGUAUAAAGUGCGGUGGCCGCAGUUCCUCGGGGGUUGCAGCUCUUCAGUCUAGCGUGAAUUGUAAUUUAAAUUGCAAAGAAAAAUAUCCAAACAAUCGUUUAGUCAGAGGCAAAUAAUAGAAACAAUUAGUAAAGGAGUUAUAAUUUCAUAUUUUAAGGCAGCGAGGACCCUGGGAUCAUGGCUGCCUCCUCAGUCCAUCAAAACAAUUACAAGGUUUCCAAGGAAUAAAGGAGUUGAUGCUACCGGCCUGAUGAUGAUGAUGAUUGCUCUCUCCAGCACUAACGAAUGGUUCUCUCUGUGCCAGGUUGGUGAGUUAGACGCCAGUGUCCUGGGCUGUCACUCCCUCGUUGCGAGGCCAGUGCCCUCCCCUCCUUCCCCACCCUGGUGCCCAGCAACGUGUGGAGCCCUGCCACACCGCUUGCCUGCCACAUCACGGCCUUCACCUGUGUGCUCCAGUGUUUCCCGUGCGAGCCCACCUGCCUCAGCGCCUCGUGGAGCAGCCCGGAGUUCGCGCUGCGUCCAGUGGCCCCCAUGGUGAAGAUGACAAGAUCCAAGACGUUCCAGGCCUACCUUCCCACGUGCCACAGGACAUACAGCUGCAUCCACUGCCGGGCACACCUCGCCAACCACGACGAACUCAUUUCCAAGUCUUUUCAAGGGAGCCAAGGCCGAGCUUACCUGUUCAAUUCAGUAGUUAAUGUAGGUUGCGGACCAGCAGAGGAGCGUGUGUUACUCACGGGCCUGCAUGCGGUGGCGGACAUUUACUGUGAAAACUGCAAAACCACACUGGGCUGGAAAUAUGAACAUGCCUUUGAGAGCAGCCAGAAGUACAAGGAAGGGAAGUACAUUAUAGAACUUGCUCACAUGAUCAAGGACAAUGGCUGGGAGUGACGGAAGGUGAUGCUGGAGCCGACUGCUGAGUUGUCAACUCUGAAGCAGGAGAAGUAGCUGAAGGCUUUGGUUGUACGUGUAUGGGGGGAGCUGGGCUGCUCGACUCCACCUGCCACAUGCCCGCCUCUGCGUUUUUCUCUCUCUCGUCAUUAUCCCCUCGUCUUUUCUGCUUCUCCUUUGGCCGAAAGUCUCUGGUCUUCCCUCUCCACCGUAGCGCUGGCUGAGCGAUCCCAUCAAAGCUCGAGCGUUCCACUUCCUGUUACGUUUUCCCCGAUUUUAAGUUGAGAACCGUUUUUAGUGAUGAUUGCCUGAGCGCAGCCCACACUGGGAAAUGCAAGGAGGGGGAGGGAAGGGAGUUUGAGUGAAAGCAAGCGGAGAGUUCAGAGUCGAGGCCUUGUGCCUUGACAGCAUCUGGAGCUUCAGUGUGUCCCAUUCUGCUGAUCGAACCCCAAUGUAGGUUGGCUAUUGGGAGUGCUCCUAAACCCCACCCCAGCUCCCAAGUGUGGUGCACACUGCGGGAGAUGCCUGCCCCUACCAGAAAGAACGAAGUUGGUGCCCAAAUGGCUUGAACCAAAGCAUAUCCUACCACCCCUGUUCCUCUCACUCCAGACUUGUGGUAGUAAUGCUGCAUUUGAUUGGACUGACAAACGGGAAUGGGUUGGUUUGGGAGGGAGCAGAAUGUCCACUUUCCCCACCCCACCCCCUAAGGAUGGGUUGUCUUUGGACCAAUGAGAGGAGAUGCUGGUUACUCAAAGAGUGCUCUUUAAUGGCAUCGCCAUCUGUCUGGCAACGGGCAAGUCAGAAUGAAAGUAGCUAAAAAUAAGCACUAUGUGCUGCCUGAUUUAAAGGGAAGAUGCCACGAUGUCUUCAGGGGAAGCCUCUGCCCCUGCAUUGCCCCAUGGUAAUUGUUUGUGUUUUUCCUUGCCCCCUCUCGACUGCCAACCUGUUCAUUUGUCAUCCGUUUGAGCUGUUGGUGCCUGUGUCUGAGGCGAGAGGCUGCCCAUGGCUUAUCCUCUCCAAGCUCCUAAUUGAGCCUUGAGGUCAUCUUCACAAAUGCUUUGAUUCUGGAGGGAGGGAGUGCUUCGGCACUCUGUAGUUGACCAUGCCUCUGCUGUAGACAAAGAGGAAAAUACCUCAAAAUAAAAGGAGAAUGAUCCUUCCGACUGUGCAAGAGAAUGGAAGUCAAUGCAAUGUCCAAACCCGAGAUAUCAGCUCUGACAAAAUCUUAAAUUCCAAAGGUAUCAAACAGAGGGAGAAAUUUAAUCUCUCAUUGAGUAGUGGGUACAAAACAUUGGACCUGCUGAUAAUUUUCAAUAAUAGUCACAACCUCUAUUGGGAUAUUGGGAGAAAAGGCCAUGUUAGAAUAACGGAAAUACCAGCAUAACCACCACACACUACUUGGUCUGUUGCUGUUAUUCCAAAGGGCCACUUGGAUUCUUAGUAUCCAUAGUUUAUGCUCAGUUUUGGGAGUUGGCCCUCAGUAGAGAUACUUGGAAUGAAAGGAGUUGCAGUCAGUAUGGAUGAAGCUGAUACCAGAGUUCCGGAUGUUAAGAUUUGGACAGAUUACAUAGGCAGGGUUGUAGUCCUGGCAUUGUAGAUGAUUUAAGGAGUGAUUUAAUUGAGAUGAUUUGGUAGGAUUAGAUAGGUUAAACCUCUCCUAUACUGGAAGUUGGCCAGAACAAAGAAGCACAAGCUUCACAAUGGAGCCAGGAAGGUCAGGGGUAUUCCUUGCACACGGGUGGAAUCUGGACUCGCUCAAAAACCUGCUGAGGCUAGAGGUUUUCAAGGACUUUGGGGUUCAUGGAACCAAGGCAGGUCGAAGGAGUUCAGCAGAACAAGCAUGAGGGGUUGAAUGGCUUCCUCCUGUAUGUGUUUUUUCAUAAUGCAGGACAGAUAAUUGAUCCAAAUGACAUUUGUGUCAAUACAGUUUUCUCCAGACUCCUAUAGGAAUGAGUGUGAGUUCCUUAUCCUGUUGAUAACAUGUUCUGUUUUGUCAGUAAUUUGACCAACAGGCAAGUAUUGGGGAGUCAUUUUCUCACAUCUUGGGGGCCUCCCUCCAUUAAGUAAGCUGCAGGUAAUUUAAUAGAUCAGAAGGUCCCUCUAGUUGUUGAUUCUUUGCACUAGACUGCAGCAGAUCCUGGUUGCAACAAAGUAGAAGUGGUGUCAACUGAGCAAUUUGGUGUAGACAGAGCUUUGCUGGGUAACGCUGUGGUGUCUUUGGCUGUGGCAGGGUGACUGACCUCUUAGCCUUCCUGUGUAGCUGGUCACAGCACCCAUCCGUGUGUUGACCAAAGCACCUCAGAUCAUGCACGUUGAAUGAACCCCAGAAAAAGUCUGACCCAUGAGAGGAAGUGUCACUGGACUGCAGUGAGUUUGGAACCAAAUGGUACAAGGUUCCCCUCCCACCAAACUGGGUUGUGAACUGAAGUUCCAACCCACCCUUCAUCUUGCCAAAUCCGAGGUAGGUUUUGAGUGCCAUUUCUCCUGUCAGCUGGGGAAACUUUGCGCCAGUGCAAUGGCAAGUGUGCGAAUUUUACACACUUGUCGUGGGGCACAACCAGUAUCCUAGUGGCAGCACGGGCGGGUAUCAGGGCCUGCAUGACACCAUUGAAAUCGUCGGCCAAAGAGCCUCUUGUUUCCCAACCUAGGGGAGGGUCUAAAAGAUGCUAAGACCCAUAUUCCAAAGACCAAACCCGAGCAAGUGUAGCCAAUUAACUUGGUGAUGUGGGUGUUUGCAGGGAGAGAGAAAGCAGAACUUUGCAUAGCGUUUUAGUGGACAUACUUAAAAAUCUUGCGGCUGACUUGCCAUGCCUGUCUUCUCUGCCACGCAUGUAAAACCACAUGUCCUGAGCAACCCCAUGCAGCCUAAGUUGGGCGAGCCGCUGUCCAACCAGCAAGCACAUUGGCCCAUUUUUGUUUCCUUCUGGCCAACGUUGGCUUGUGAUUGGACGCUGCCUUGUUCCUACCUUUUCCAACUCUGGCCCCCUUUGGCUGCCUGUGGCAGAAGCCGUCCCCUGAUUGGCUGGAGGACAUGCUCUCUCUGCUGAACCAUCUCUUGUGUGAUAAAGUGCUGUGCCCCUAUUUAAACAAAUUGCUAAUAUAUAUGCAGAACUUUCUUAUAUUGUGUACUCUUGUAAAUAUUCAUAUUUAAAAAUGUUUUUAUAAUAUAUUCAGCAAUGCCUGAC